AUGUCUUCCGCCGGCGCCGUGACAACGAUAAUGACUUCCGCCGGUUCCGUGCCAGUGAUGUUCGUGCCGUUCGUGCUUCGCCCUCCCUUCGACAGCUUGUUCGACCCGGAUUUUCUCGACAACCUGUCGGCGCCAGCCGCCGAUCACGACAGGAAGCGCGCUCGCGGCGCUGGUACCAGUGACGACGACGACCUAGCGCUGGAACUGCAGGAGGUGGCAGCGGCGGAACGCUCUGAUGCGUCGGGGGAGGAGGAGGAGUGCGUCAUUUGCCUGCGCGGCUUCCGCGCGGAGGAGACGCUUAGGGCGAUGCCUGCUUGGGCCCACGCCUUCCACCACCACUGCAUCUCCGAGUGGCUCUGCCGCAACCCCGUCUGCCCUCUCUGUCGGCGCUGGCUGCCCGCCACUAAUCCCACGCUCGAGGACGAGGAGGAGGACUGGGCGGACACCGGUGGCUGGGAGGUGGAGGGCGUCGACGAAAGGAGGAUUUUGAGGAGAAGGAUCAGAUUCAUCUAA